AUGAGACAUCCAGAGAAAAGUAGUCCAAGAAUUCAAGCAAUAGACCCAAUGCCUGAACCACACACCCAUCCCAACCACAGCCUACCCAAGGACCACUCCCCGCAACUAAUGACCACGCCACCCACCCACCACGGCCACUGUGAUCACCCAGCCACACGAAGAACCACUUCAACAGACACCCACCACGACCCACAUCACCCCCAGCCAACAGACCGCAGAGAACCACUUCAAACAGACACCCACCACGACCACGUGAUCACCCCAGCCCACAGACCGCAGAACCCUGACACCACCACACGGCCACGUGAUCACCCCAGCCACAGACCGCAGAACCACCUCAACAGACACCCACCACGACACGAAUCACCCCAGCCGCAGAACCACCAGACACCACCUCAACAGACACCACCACGACCACGUGAUCACCGCAGCCAAGACCACCAGAACCACCUCAACAGACACCCACCACGACCACGUGAUCACCCCAGCCAAGGCCCAGACCACAGAACCACCUCAACAGACACCCACCUACGACCACCAACCACCUCAACAGACACCUACCACGGCCACGUGAUCACAGCCACAGACCAAAACACCUCCAACGACACCCACCACGGCCACGUGAUCACCCCAGCCACCAGACCGCAAACCAACUCAACAGACACCCCACCAGGACAGCUUAACGAUCACCCCAGCCAAGGCCCAGGACCACAGAACCACCUCAACAGAAACCCACCACGGACCCACACACCACAUGACCACGUGAUCACCCCAGCCACAGACAACAGAACCACCUCAACAGACACCCACCACGGCCACGUGAUCACCCCAGCCACAGACCACAGAACCACCUCAACAGACACCCACCACACCACGUUGAUCACCCCAGCGGCCAGACCACAGAACCACCUGACAGACACCCACCACGACGUGAUCCACCCCAGCAAGGCCAGACCACAGAACCGCCCUAACAGACACCCACCACACGACCACCUCAACCGCAGCCCACCACUCAACCACUCAAACCAAGGUCAACCGCGUGAAUAUCGGACCCUACCACACAACCAUCACAAGCCAAGCCCACCAUAUGCUCAUUCAAACACAAACCUACCACGCUGCUACUUCUAG